CGAUUCCCGCCGCUGACUCCCUCCCUUCCCUCCCUGUUGAUUUCUGCAGCACAGUCCGAGGGAAGACCGUGUGAAUACAACUCCAAAAUCUACCAGAACGGCGAGAGCUUCCAGCCGAACUGUAAACACCAGUGUACGUGCAUAGAUGGAGCUGUGGGCUGCAUCCCGCUCUGCCCGCAGGAGCUCUCUCUUCCCAACCUGGGCUGCCCCAGCCCCAGGCUGGUCAAAGUCCCCGGGCAGUGCUGCGAGGAGUGGGUCUGUGACGAAAGCAAGGAUGCACUGGAGGAGCUGGAAGGCUUCUUCAGCAAAGAGUUUGGUCCGGAUGAUUCCGAAGGCGAACUAACCAGGAACAAUGAGCUAAUUGCCAUUGUGAAGGGAGGCCUGAAAAUGCUACCUGUGUUUGGAUCCGAGCCACAGAGCCGAGCUUUUGAGAAUCCCAAAUGCAUUGUGCAAACAACCUCUUGGUCCCAGUGCUCAAAGACAUGUGGAACCGGCAUCUCCACAAGGGUGACCAACGACAAUCCCGACUGCAAGCUCAUCAAAGAGACCAGGAUAUGCGAAGUGAGGCCAUGUGGCCAGCCCAGCUACACCUCCCUAAAGAAGGGAAAAAAGUGUACCAAGACUAGGAAGUCCCCAUCCCCUGUGAAGUUCACCUACGCUGGAUGCUCCAGUGUGAAGAAGUACCGCCCCAAGUACUGUGGCUCCUGCGUGGAUGGCAGGUGCUGUACACCCCAGCAGACCAGGACUGUUAAGAUCAGGUUCCGCUGCGACGAUGGGGAAACCUUCACCAAGAGUGUCAUGAUGAUCCAGUCCUGCCGAUGCAACUACAACUGUCCACAUGCGAAUGAGGCUUAUCCCUACUACAGACUUGUCAACGACAUUCACAAAUUUAGGGACUAAGUUGUGUUGGGGGUGGGAUGCAAAACAGAAUUUUGAAGUAACCAGCCAUGGAGAAAGGACUUUUGAUGGAAAUGGUGCCUUGCCCAUUUGAGGGCAACAUUGAGAUGUUACAAGAGUGCACUGUGCAACUGGACACUAAUGCAACAGAGAUUUAAGCAUACUUAAAGCUUCAUAGUACUGGAGCAACUUUACUGCUUCUUUUUGGAGCACCUUAUCUAAUUAUAUACUGUUUUCUGUUUGUAAGUGAUCAGAUAAAUGUUUUGUUCUGGUUAUGAAAACUUUUCUAUCCUGUUCAGUUUAACACUAUGCUUGUCUCCCCCUCCCUCCAAUCUUUUCCCACCCUUUCCCAACCAAGUUGGAAGUUACAUUCCUUCCUGAGGUGGGCACUUGUGGGGUGUUCACAGUGGCAGCUAUUAUGUACCAACUGUAGUUUAAUGGCAAACAGAAAUCAGUUGUUUUAAAGCUGAGUAUUUUAUUUAUCAAACUAGCAUUUUGUUUUGUUUCCUUUGAGUUGUUUUUUGUUGUUUUUUUUUUUUGUUUACCCCUUCCAGCCCCUGUAAUACUGGAAUAAGUUGUAAAUGAUUUUAAUUUUAUAUUCAAUGAAUUAAAAGAAUUUAUUUAUGGAAUUAAUCAUUUAAUAAAGAAAUAUUU